AUGAGCACAGGAAUUUCAUUUAGCACUUGGAAUAUUAAUGGUAUAUUCAAUAGCGUCCUUGGAGAUAAAACCAAAAACAAGGACUUUAUUGAUUCUAUUUCUAAGAUCGAUUUCAUAUUUAUAACUGAAACAUGGACAAACACAUGUUUAAACAUUCCAGGAUUUGAGGCUAUUAUUUCUGAAACAGCCAAACCAGUUACUAACCGGGCAUGCCGAAAAUCAGGCGGCAUUAGCCUGUUAUUCAAAAGCAAAUUUAAGAAAUAUGUAAGCAUUAUUAAGAAUACAAAAAAUUUUUUGUGGAGCAAAAUCUCCAAAGAAAUCUUAAACUCUGAUCGGGAUCUAUACAUGUGUGGUACAUACAUCCCACCUGAAAAAUCAAAGUACUUUGAAAACGAAAUUUUUGAAGAACUUGAAAAUUAUCUAGUCCUUUUCUCAUCCAAAGCAAAUAUACUUCUUCUUGGUGAUCUAAAUGCUAGAACAAGCAAACUCGAAGAUUAUAUUUCAAGUGAUGGAAGUAAUCACAUUCAAGACACUAGUGGUAACUCUUUUCAACCACCACAAAGACAAAACCUUGACUCAACAACCAAUAAUCAUGGUAAAAAAAUUAUUGAAAUUUGCAAAAGUACUGACAUGAGAAUUCUUAAUGGUCGGACCAAUGGUGACUCCUUGGGAAGACCAAGUUUUCAUAGUAAAAAUGGAACCAGCUCAGUUGAUUAUAUCAUUUGUAACCAAAACUUAAUGCCGAAAGUUAAACAUCUAGUUGUUAAAUCCCCUAACUAUCUAUCUGACCAUAGUCAAGUUAUAACCUGGAUUAACUUACACCAAACCACUAACACUAUUAAUAAUACUCCCUUACAACCCCCAAUAUCAAAAUUACCACUACAAUAUAUUUGGAACAAUGAAUCAAAUGAGAAUUUUAAAAAAGCGUUAAAAUCAGAUGAACUACAAGAGAAACUAAGCACAUUCCUUGAAAAUGAUUUCUCUUCUGACAGAGAGGGCAUAAACAAAUGUGUCAAUGAAUUUGAAAACAUUAUUAACCUUGCAUCCAAAAAAUCUCUUAAAAUCAAAAAGAAGAAAUAUAGACGAAAAAUUAAUAAUGUUGCAAACAAAAAAUGGUUUGAUAAAGAUUGUAGAUUUAAAAGACACCAGCUUAGAAAACUUGCAAAUCAGAAACAUAGAGAUCCAAACAACACUGAAAUUAGAAGUGCAUACCAUACUGCUUUGAAAGACUAUAAAAGCACUUUAGAAAUGAAAAAGAAAAAUUUCCAUUUCGAUAAAAUCCAAGAAAUUCAAAAUGCUAGCAACGAUCUACUGCUAUUUUGGAAAACAUUAAAAAAUAUCAGUGACGAUCUUGAUUUUAAUGAAACUAAGAAAAGCCCACAACCAAGUGAAUGGCUGAAUCAUUUUGAAACACUUCAUUCAGAACAUCAAUUAAACAAGGAACAAAACGAAAUCGUUGAAUGCCUGAAAAACUAUGAAAAAAUCAAAGACAACUUAACCGAACUUGAUUACAUCAUCACAGAAGAUGAACUACUAAAAGCAGCUAAAAAGUUAAAAUCUAAAAAGGCUGUCUAUAACGACAAAAUCAGAAACGAAAUGAUUAAAUCUAGUAUUGGAAUUCUCUCUAAAGCUUUUCUAAAAAUUUUUAACAACAUCUUAACAUCGGGGAAGUUUCCUGAAUCAUGGACCGAAGGCUUAAUAACCCCGAUCCAUAAAUCAGAAAACUCUCUCGAUCCAAACAACUACCGAGGUAUUUGUGUCUCAAGCUGCAUGGGCAAAUUAUUUUGCUCAAUUUUGAAUAAUAGAUUGAUGAAUUUGGCAAACGAAAAGCAAUUAAUUCACCCAACUCAAAUUGGAUUCAUGCCUGGAAAUAGAACGGCUGACCAUAUUCUUACGCUGAAAACUCUGCAUGAUAAAUAUGUCAAACAGAGUGAAAAAGAAAAAAUCUAUGCAUGUUUUGUUGACUUUAGAAAAGCUUUUGAUUCUGUUUGGCAACAAGGCUUAUUUUACCAACUUAUCAAAAACAACAUAGGGGGACACUUCUACGAUUUAAUUCAAGACCUCUACUCAAACACGAAAUGUGCAAUAAAACUAUCUGAAAACAGAACACCGUUUUUUCCUUACAAAAAGGGAGUCCAUCAAGGAUGUAUUCUAAGCCCUUUAUUAUUUAAUAUCUACAUAAACGAUCUUCCAAAAAUGUUUCAACAAACACAAUCAGAUCCAUUUCUAUUACCAAAUGGAACUACUAUCAAUAGCCUACUCUAUGCGGAUGAUCUCAUUAUACUUUCACGGUCAAAAUCAGGUUUACAAAACAGUCUAAACCAAAUAAAUGAAUGGUGUAGUAAAUGGCUAAUGGAAGUCAAUAUCAAGAAAACAAAAAUUAUGAUUUUUCAAAAACACAACUCGAAAUUACCAAACCUUAAUUUCCACAUUGGAGAUAAAAAGAUAGAUAUAGUCAAAGAGUAUACCUAUCUUUGGUCUUAAACUAGUACCAAAUGGGAAAUUUAAACUCGCACAACAACAACUAAGCGAAAAAGCCUUGCAUGCUCUUUAUAAAAUUCGUAAAAAUCUAGAUUUUCAUAAACUUUCACCAAAAACAGCAACAAAAAUUUUCGACUCAAUAAUUUCCCCAAUUCUACUAUAUAACUCAGAAGUCUGGGGAGCAUACGAAAAAAAUGAUCUGAAUAAAUGGGAUAAUUCAGAAACUGAAAAAAAUCAUUUAAGAUUCUGCAAGCUAUACCUAGGUGUUAACAGAAGAGCCAGUAACGUGGCUUGCAGAAGUGAACUUGGGAAAUACCCACUGCUGAUUACAAUAAAAAAGAAUAUACUAAACUAUUUUAAACAUAUUUUUAAACUAGACGACAACUCAAUAGUUAAACAAUCCUUCCUAAUGUCUAAACAACUAUUUGAAAAAGGCAAAGAAUCUUUCUACACCAACGCAAUAAACAUGCUUAAAUCACUCUAUGAUAAUACAACAAACUUGGAAAGUGAUAUAAUCAACUACGAUACAAAAACUAUUGUAAAUAAGAUGAAAGAUCAAUAUUUUGAAUUUUGGCAACAUAAAAUGAUUAACUCCUCCAAACUAUCUUUCUUUUGUACAUUUAAAAACCAGUACAAAAUGGAAGAAUAUUUAUCCCUUAUUGAUAACCCAACGAUAAGAAGAACAUUUUCUCGAUAUAGAGUAAGUAAUCAUAAAUUGCAAAUUGAGCGAGGAAGAUACGAAAACGUUUCUCGCGAACAACGUUUCUGCAAACUUUGCAACAACGGUGAAGUGGAAAACGAAUAUCACUUAGCCUUAUCUUGCCCGAAAUACGAAGAAUUAAGAAAUAAUUCUAACAACAUUCUCAAAAAUUUAUUUUAUCUUAAUAACACAAUGGAAGAAAAACAAAAACUGUUUGAGCAUGCGAUGUCUUCAGACGAUCCAGUUCUUGUUAACCUGCUCUCUAAGUAUAUCUUUCACUGUUUUUCGGAGAGAGAUAAAAGCCUCAAAUCCAUGGAAGAUUAG